UUUGAGUAAAUUAAAUUUGAAUGCUGUGCCUGCAGGCUAGAAGCAGUUCCCAAAUCUCAGGAUUUGGAUCUGUUGGCAAUGCAGGGUAACAUGCAAAAUGGCUGCAGCGGGAAACAAUCUACACUUACUACUUGUGGUACAGAGUCUAGAAAUGUAAAUUCAAUUGCGUCUGAGCCUGUGCAUCAAACCGGCUGUAAAAUUCAAGAAGCACCUUGUGAACUGCAGCAAGUUGUCAUGUACGACAAAGAUGUUCUCUUUUCUGGAGAUAAAGAGAUGUGUUUUGAAGAAAUAAGAGCUCGGAAGCAUAUUGUACAAAGCCAACAGAAAGAACAAGAGGAAUGGAAGAAGAUGUUCAAUAGCACCAAGUCUGAUGAGAUCAGAUCACUGGAACAGAAACUUGAACAGUUGAAAAUGCAGCUGAAGUUAACUCAGGAACGGGAGCAGGAAAUACUGCAGACCUCAUCUCAAAGUGCUUUGGAGCUGGCAACUGCACCUUCACCAUUACCCACCAAAUCUGAUAUACAGUCUGUAGGGACUGCUUUACCAAAAGAAAUGGACAGAAGGGAAGAAACUAAGCAAAAUUUAUCUUUGAGCACCUGUGUUGGAACAGUCAUGACCUCGAGUUUUACAGAUGCUGUGCUGCAACAGUCCCAACAUGGUGCUUCACUGUUGGUGGCGAAGAGAGAUGAUCAGCAAAGAUCUGGAAUUUUGCCUGGAUUUCGAAUUUUUGGAGAGCCAGAGAAUAGUCUUAACUCCAGGGCACAGCUGGAGCCUCUAUCCAGAUCUGUGGUUACAAAUGCAAAUGAUAGUAACGGUGGACAACAGCUUAUGAAUGAGAGUACCAACAGUUCUAGAAUGACUUCCUUCACAAGACAAAAAGAAGGAAAUGUCUCGGGGUUAACCAUGAAUAGAUCUCACACGCCAAAUUCCUCUUUUGGCAUGGUUCAAGCUACUCCAUCUAAAGUCCUCCCGUCACCUACUGUUUGUACUAAAGAAGCAUUGGAUGUUAUAAUGGACAUGUUUCAGGCACCAGUGAUUCCUGAAUUGCCUCAAGUGGAUGAAAAUGGUAGUGCUUUUGCAGAGGAUCAAAUGGAGGUACAAGAUGGAAAUUUCAGAGCACGCUGCAAAAAGGAUGACAUCCAUCAAUCCAUGGAAGUUGUGGGUAUGAACUUUGCUCCACCUUCCACUGUCGCAUUUUCAAUCUUUGAAGAUGAUGAUGGUGCUGUAAAUAGCAUACAGAAUACUUUGAACAGUAAACCUAUUGAGUCAAGACCAUUGGGAGAAUUAUCUGAGAAACAAACCACAUCUGGCAAAGUAAAGGAAAUAGAUGAUCAAGCUGUUUGGGCUGUGUGUGAUAACAAAACCCUGGCAAUUAAUCCAAAUGUCACAGAGGAUUUCACCUUUGCUGCACUAUUAGCAUCAACUCCAUUCUAUGGGGUACCACAGCAUCCAAGGCGAGAUUCUGAGGAAUGUGGUGAAAAAAACACGCAAAUUAAAAAUGAUGAAUUCACAGUUCUUCGCUCAUCAGAAGAGGAACACAUUCAGCUUGCCAAAGUCAGAAAACUUAGUUCAGUUCAGGAUCUAGGCCUCGAACCCAUCAAUCACUUAUCAGUCCCUGCCUUUGACCCUAGCAUUAAUCGGGAUGCAUCCAAUGAACUGCCAAUCUCUGAGGAAUUUGAAAUGAUUGAGGAGAGACUUGAGUCAUGCACACUGCUUAGCCCUGAAGAAGAAUGUCUCAAACCUGAACAGUCAUUUUGUUGUCUGAAGGAAAUGCACUGCAGUGAUCUACAGUUUGAUGAGGAGCCGAACGAAACUCCAACAGAGACUGGUGUAAUCAUUACAAAUCCUUGGGAUAAGAAUCUUAUUAGUGAACUUCUGUCAAAUCUAACCAAACCAUUGAAUUCCUACCCUUCUUUUAUGACUUGGGAAGACAACAUGCCUGUUGUCAGGCCAAAAUCCAACCUUUGCUUGGGAAAUGAAGUGUACCACGUUUCUUCUUUGCUUGGAGAGGGGUCCUUUGCUCAUGUCUACCAAGCUACAGUUUUGGAUAUGAAUAACUUGUCUGAUGUGAAGAACCAACAAAAAGUGAGCUUAAAAGUUCAAAAAAUAUCCAGUCCCUGGGAAUUCUACAUAAAUACUCAGCUAAGUGAGAGAUUGAAGCCAAAGUUAUGCUGUCUAUACAACAAUAUCCACUCUGGACAUUUCUUUAAGAAUGGCUGUAUUUUGGUUGGAGAGCUGUACAGUUUUGGAACUUUGCUGAAUGCAGCCAAUCUUUAUAAAACACUUAUUGAAAAAACAAUGCCUCAGCCCUUGGUGAUCUACUUUGCCAUCCACAUUCUUUAUAUAGUGGAACAGCUGCACAGUAUUGGAAUAAUUCAUGGUGAUAUAAAACCUGACAAUUUUAUCCUUGGAGAAAGGUUCCUGGAUAGUGAUGCCGCCAGUGUUGAGGACAGCUUGUCUCAAGGAUUGACGUUGAUUGACUUUGGUCAAAGCAUAGAUAUGAACUUGUUCCCUAAAAAUGCAGUUUUUGUUGAAAAUUGUAAGACAUCAGGUUUCCAGUGUAUUGAAAUGCUGUCAGAGAAACCAUGGACCUUCCAGGCAGACUACUUUGGGAUUGCUGCCACCAUUUAUUGCCUUCUCUUUGGCACAUAUUUGAAAUUAAAGAAGGAACAUGGUGUCUGGAAGGUCAAUGCCACUUUUAAAAGAGGUCAUCACACAGAUGUGUGGAAUCAUUUCUUCAAUACCUUGGUGUAUGUCCCCAGUUGCCAAAGUCUACCAUCUCUUCGAGAUCUUCGAGAAGAGCUGGUGUUACUUUUUAAGGAACAGUACUCAAAAAAACUGAAAUCACUUCGCCAGCGGUUGAUGGUACUUUUACUUGAAAAGAAGCAUUCACAAAGAAGAACAUAAUGUGGCUGUAAUCUAGAUCUUUGUGUAAAUAGAGCUAUGUAAGAAUUGAAUUCCUGUUGUGCUUAAAGUGUUACUAUUUCAUUGGUCAUAAUGGUGGAAUCUAGAUUAAAAUUUUAACCAUCAAUUUUGGUCCCAGUA